AAAAAAAAAAAAAGUUAACAUAAACGGACAAACCACAAGUCCUCCAGUGUAUCAAAUUGGCCUUUCUUGUUGUCUGUCUAGGGAGAUAGAGCAGAGCAGCAUCUUCUUCACAUAUCAGACUCUCCUACUCCAUUAAUUCAGUAUUUAUGACACUUUAUUGUUGUUAAUCCUGACCCAUAUUUAUGAUAUUUUAGUCUUCAUCUCCAUAAUCCCUUUUUCUUCUGGACGAAAUUAGCAGAUUAGUGGAAAUGAUCAAGGGUUCAUCUCUUUCUACAAUCAAAUCCAACGACGGGUUUUGCGUGCACAAAACCCAUUUUGCAAUUUCAAAAUAUCAGAAGAAAAGGUUCAAUUGUGUGGCAUCUGUUUCUAGUGUCGAACAACAAUUGAAGUUGACUGGUGAUUCGUUUAUUAGACCCCAUCUUAGAGAGUUGUCUCCAUAUCAGCCUAUAUUGCCCUUUGAGGUUCUGUCAACUCGUCUUGGUCGGAAGCCUGAAGAUAUUGUAAAGUUAGAUGCAAAUGAGAACCCAUAUGGUCCACCUCCAGAAGUUUUUGAGGCAUUGGGGAACUUGAAAUUUCCUUAUAUUUAUCCUGACCCUGAAAGCCGCACAUUGCGCGGGGCCCUUGCUAAAGAUUCCGGUCUUGAAUCUGAAUAUAUUCUUGUAGGGUGUGGGGCUGAUGAGCUAAUUGAUCUCAUUAUGCGGUGUGUACUAGAUCCUGGUGACAGUAUUGUUGAUUGUCCCCCAACCUUUACAAUGUAUGAAUUUGACGCAGCGGUCAAUUGUGCACGUGUUAUAAAGGUACCUCGGAAGAUGGACUUUAGUUUGGAUGUACAAAAGAUUACUGAAGUUAUUGAGCGUGAGAAACCAAAGAUCAUUUUUCUAACUUCUCCUAACAAUCCAGAUGGGAGUGUGAUCAAUGAUGACGUUUUACUGAAGAUACUUGAUCUACCAAUACUUGUUGUACUGGAUGAAGCCUAUAUUGAAUUUUCAGGACUUGAAUCUAAGAUGGAAUGGGUGAAGAAGCAUGAGAAUCUUAUUGUUCUUCGGACAUUUAGUAAAAGAGCAGGCCUAGCUGGACUACGAGUGGGAUAUGGUGCGUUUCCGUUGAGUAUAAUUGAGUACCUAUGGAGGGCAAAGCAACCGUAUAACGUGUCCGUUGCUGCUGAAGUGUCUGCAUGUGCGGCAUUGCAGAAUCCCGGAUAUUUGGAGAAAGUUAAAGUUGCUCUGGUACAAGAAAGAGAGAGGCUUUUUAAGCUUUUGAAACAAGUGCCGUUUCUUAACCCGUAUCCAAGCUAUUCGAAUUUUAUUCUUUGUGAGGUUACUGAUGGAAAGGAUGCUAAGAAGCUAAAGGAAGACCUAGCGAAAAUGGGUGUGAUGAUACGCCACUACAGCAACAAAGAACUGAAGGGUUAUGUUCGUGUUUCGGUUGGUAAACCUGAACAAACCGAUGCUUUAAUGGACUGCAUCGCUCGUUUAUCUUGAUUAGACAUGAAGAUUGUUUGUUUCUUGUUUUUGUUUCUAAAAACACUAAUAAUGGGUUUGGAAGAUAAUCCCUUGUGUAGUAGAAUCAUUUAAGACAUCAAAUGUCACCAUUUUCUGAUAAAAGUGUUCAGAACUUGCAAUUUCUUGCA